GCACGCGCCGAUCGGAUUAUCCGGGUUGUAUACAAUGAACGGCCCGAAGCCUUCUAGAGCGAAUUAAACUCUUAAAAAAAAAAUAUCAGCGUAGAAAAAUUAAAACACUAAUAAAAAAACAAUAUUUUCUUCUAAAGAUUGAUAUUCAGGUAGAAAAAAGGUCAUUAUAAUAUCGUAAUACCAUCACGGAUAGGACAACAGCAUCACAGCGAAUGUGACAGUUCGGCCGUACUGUUUUGCGUCCGAGCUGCGGUGAAUAAUAAUAAAGCAGCGCAAGUGCAAACUCCAGCGAUGAGCGGCGAAAACUACCGUAGUGCAACAAAAUCGCACGAACCAGGCUGGAACGAUCCGCCUCCAAAGCUGGUCGGUAAAAAACCGGCCCCCACCACCGAUGCGACCGAUAGCUUACCGGACCGGGAAGAAAUGUUCCGCCAGACGCAGACCGUGUUCGAUGACUACGUACAGAGCGUCGAGGAAGCACGGCGACCGACCGUGCAGAAGCGCUUCCAGCUCAUGUACCAACAGUGGACGGAUAAAAAGCUUCCGGAAGUUCUUGAGCAGCUAAUCUACAAGUUAGCAAUCGCACUGUCGAAACAGGAUGUGAAGCGAGCAAAUGCGGUACAUCGUACCAUCGUCUGUGAUUAUGGAAGCAUAUGCGUGAUGUGGGCUCCAGUACUGCGGCAUCCGAUCGUGGAGUUACAGCAGCGCACUGAAGACGCGGCAAACGAUGAAAAUUCUAUCCUCCAACCAAUAUAGAGACGCACUUUCGAAGAACGAAGACUGACCACGGCGUGGUGUAAUGAUUAUACGGCGAUUUCCAGCUUAUCCUGCUGCUUUAUUAAGAGAGUCUCCAAGACAUGGACACCGGUACGGGUGAAUGCAAUAUGAUACGAAGUGGAUGCUAAUCGGAGAGAAAUAUAAUGUAACCAUAUCCAUCAACACCAA